AUGGAAGUUGCCGGCCUUGCCAUCGGUACUGUUGCGCUUGUUGGUGUUUUCGGAGACUGUGUGGAGCUCUUAUCAUAUAUCGGAGCAGCAAAGUCAAUGGGCCAAGAUUACGCCGUGCUAGCAACGAGGCUCGACAUCCAGAGAGUUCUUCUGCACCAGUGGGCGAACAGGCUGAACCUUUUAGAUUCCGAGCACUAUGACAAGCGACUUGAUGACCCUCACAUUGGGCCUCUCAUCUCUCAAGGUCUUGAUUGCAUCCGUCAGCUGCUACAAGACAGCCACAAACUCGAGCAACGAUACGGUAUUAGACCAGCCAAGAUUCAUGAAUCAAUAGAACCUCCGACAGACCUCAGUAUUCGGCUGAAGUCGCAAUUUAGUCAAAUGGCACGCAAACUUCGAUCUCUUAAUGACGUUCAGUCAGUCCACCUAUACCAAAGUGAACAACCCGAUCAAUUACCAAACAAACGCCGCAAGACUCAACAUGUUGCUGUCGACAAGGUCAGAUGGAUUAUCAGAGAUAAAGAACAGUUUGAAGGCCUCAUCCAGAGCUUAUCCGAGCUAAUCGCCGACAUCAACGCAAUCAUACCUCCACAAAGUGGGAAGUCCACCGAUGUCGCACUGCAGCACGAAGUAACCAAUUUGAGUUCUGUCAGUGAGCUGAGACUUAUCAAGAGUGCUUUGCCAAACGAAGACAUCAACAUCACUUGCGGGGUAGACACGGCCAUCGAUCGGGAAUGUGCCAAAUUAGUUCUCGCCCGCCUCUGGUUUCGCCUAAUUGAUGACAGAAAAGACAGUGUUUCUGAAGCACAUUCCGAAACUUUUAAGUGGGCAAUCGAGCCUCCUAAUCCUGGAAGUAAUUGGAGUGACUUGGGCCAAUGGCUACGAUCUGGAGCUGGUAUAUACUGGAUCUCUGGUAAACCUGGAAGCGGAAAAUCCACAUUGAUGAAAUACCUCUGUGAACAUUCCGAAGCCCCAGAACUACUGCAAAAAUGGGCAGGGAAUCAAAAAUUGACCAUGGCUAACUUUUUUCUCUGGAACGUUGGAACUUCCGAGCAAAAUACCCUUGAUGGUCUGGCCAGAGGUCUUUUGUACCAUGUCCUGAAGAAAAAUGAGUCACUUAUUCCGUUUGUUCUUCCGAACAUGUGGCAGGAGGCUCAAAGUGGUGUCAAGGACUUGAAGCUCCCUUCAAGCACUGAACUAAACCAGGCCUUCCAGCAACUUGGCAAAGCAUCGACACAAGGGGCAUUCGCUUUCUUCAUUGACGGUAUCGACGAGUUUAAAGGCAACCAUCGAGCAGGAAUAUCAUUUAUCCAGAAACUCGCGACCAGCACGCAUAUAAAAAUUCUGCUUUCAAGCCGACCUAUCGACACAUGUGUUGCAGCCUUCCGCACAAGACCUCAACUGAGACUACAGGAUCUUACGAAGCGAGAUAUCGAAAAAUACGUCAACGACACAAUUCGGUCUUAUCUUUGCCGAGAUGGCGACAGCUAUCUUGAUGAAGUUAACGUUAAAGAACUGACUGUAACUCUACAAGAAAAAGCGGAGGGUGUAUUUCUCUGGGUCGUGCUUGCUUGUCGCACACUACUGGACCGCUUUGACGCAUAUGAUUCUGCAGAGGAGAUCCAACGGGCAGUUGACCGGCUACCACCAGAACUCGAGGACCUUUUCCGCAGUAUAAUCGAGGAUAUACCACAGGGGGUCCGGCAGCAAGCAUCGAAACUGCUACGUGUCUGUUAUUCCCGAAGUUUACAACUAUCCUUAGACUACACAAUUCCGGCCUUUGCACUGGCUUGGGCAGACGAAAAUGGCAUGUCUUUGAAUAAGAUGAAGCAACUCACUCGAUACUCACCUAAUGAGAUGAAGCAGAAGUCUUCAAUGCUAGAAGGCCGUCUUCGUAGUAGGUGCAGAGGGUUAUUGGAAGUACAUGGCGAUAUUUCCGACAGUCACCUAACGGAUCCUCAUGAUAACGACUGGCCUUCUGUCGACUUCAUGCACAGAACGGUAUUCGAAUUUCUUAAAAAUACAGAUGCUUUGGAACUGGACUGUUUAAAGAUCGAUGAUGACCAGUUCGACCCGACUGCUGUCUUGGCAUGUAUGUAUUGGUAUGCCCUGUUCCUUGAGACCGAACCCAUA